AAAGCAAAACAAAUAGUAAAAUGGCGAACGCACCCUGCCUUCGUUGCAGCUCCCUUGUUCUUCCCUCCCUAACACCCACUUCUUCUUCUCAGAGCCUUUCACUUGCUUCACACACUUAUCUUCCCUCCUGGAAAUUGAUAGGGAAUAAAUAUAGUACUAAGAAAUCUCUCGGGAAGGUGAAGGCCGUGUACGCUAAUGAAUUUUGGGCGCCAGAGACGAGUCAAGUCAGGGAAUUUGGUCUAUCAGAGCUUUUAUUUUCUCUGAUUUGUUUUAUUUUCUGUUAGGAUAAACUUUUUGCACUUACCGGAAAAAAAAAUAAGGAGGCAAAAUGAAAUAAGUUAGGCCAGUUUGUUUAAAUUUAAAAUAAGUAUUUUAAAAAAUGUACUUGUUUAAUAAGUUGAUAAAAUUUGCUUAUCAAGAUAAACAUAAAAUUAUUUUUUUAAACAGAAAAUAAGCACACUAAAAACAGAAAUUACUUAUUUUAUUAAAAUGAGUAUUUUUUUAAUAAAUAAAUUUAAGCAAACUUUUUUUAACUCAUAGAUAAGCUAAAUUUAGUUUUUAGAAAGUUAUUUUCUUUUUCUAUAAGUAUUUAUGGAUAAAUUUAUCCAAAAAGGGCUUAAGGUUUUAAGCUUUUUAUCUUUCUCUCAUAUAUAUGCUGAUUAUGUCUUCGAAGGGAUGAUUUGCGAGUCCCAUCUUCCCCUUAUUUUCCUGCAUAUGCACAAGGACAUGAACCACCACCAAUGGUGCAGGAGCGGUUCCAGAGUGUUAUUAGAUAGCUUUUUCAAUAUCUAGGCCUUUUUUUUCUUCCUCUAAGGUUGAGUGUUCACCUUCUAUUUAGUCUUUGUCUUUCAACUACUAACAAUAUGUUUUGGUAUUUAGAGAAUAAUACGUUGUGGGGGAGCCGUAGAUGAUGAUAUGUCUAACAUCUUAGUCGCCCAGCUUCUUUACCUUGAUGUCCUAACAAGGAUAUUGUCAUGUACGUAAGUUCUCCGGGAGGAUCAGUUACAGCUGGCAUGGCAAUAUUUGAUACAAUGAGGCAUAUUCGACCUGAUGUGUCCACUGUUUGCAUUGGACUGGCAGCUAGUAAGGGUGCUUUUCUGCUCAGUGCAGGGACUAAAGGUAAUGAUUCUUUUACCAUGAGCAGUAAGGGUGCUUUUCUGCUCAGUGCAGGGACUAAAGGAAAGAGAUAUAGCUUGCCAAAUUCAAGGAUAAUGAUUCACCAACCGCUUAGUGGCCAAGGAGGACAAACUGACAUAGAUAUUCAGGCAAAUGAAAUGCUGCAUCACAAGGCAAACCAGGGGUAUCUUUCCUAUCACACUGGUCAAAGUUUAGAAAAGAUCAACCAGGAUACAGACUGUGAUUUUUUCAUGAAUGCGAAAGAAGCCAAAGAAUAUGGAUUCAUAGACGGUGUCAUCAUGAACCCUCUCAAAGCUCUCCAGCCAUUGCCGGCUGCAGUGGAAGGUAGAAUGGAGCCGUGCACGUGUGCUUUUGGGAUUUGGAUUCGCACGGCUAUUGGAUAAGGUUUCUGCAAUUGGAUUCCCCCAAAAUAAUAAUGGAAACGAUACGAGGCAACCGUGACCUUUUCUGUGCGGGUUCAUGCAAUCGGACAUUAAAGUUACUGGAUAUAAUAAUAAAAUCUGACAAAACGAUUAGGUUAGAUUAGUUACGUAUACUCACUUUAAAACUAGAAUGGAUAUGCAUCAUAUUUGAUGUAGAGUUAACAAUAAAAAAUAAAUCAUUAAUGUAGUCGUACUUUCCGGUACAAAACAAUUAAUGAUACAGGUAAAAUCAUGAAACGAUUUGCUUAUAGGGUGUGAUAAAAAGAACUACUCCUUGAUCAAUAAAAAACAAGAUUACCACUAUUAA